UUCACAGGCGAUUUGCUGAUGCGUUUGACCUUCACCUUGCUGUCACGUUUGACUGCCGUGGGCCAGGGGUUGAAUAUGCAUAGCUUUGCCAGCCAGAAAGCUAGUUCCAGGCUCAGCUCGAUUGCAUCGUCGCGUAUUACUCCUUUCGUUGGCAAAGCUCCCACUUCCAUUCAUAAACCUGCACGCUGCCUGGCGACCACCCACCAAACCAUGGAAGCGUCGACUUCUGGCUCAAGCACCUCGAGCGAGGUUGAGGCCCUGCGCGCUCAAAUCAGCAAGCUGGAGGCGACGCUGAAGGAGAAGGAGAAGCAGCUGGACACUGUGUACCCUUACUCGCGUUCAUACAACAAGACUGCUGUUAACACUAUCCUGGGCGCGGCGGACGGGGGCAAGAGCCUGGUUGGCCAGACGCUGCGCGUGGGUGGCUGGGUGAAGACCGGCCGUGAGGCUGGUGCGGGUGCCUUCUGCUUCCUUGAGGUCAACGAUGGCUCCAUGUUCGAUAGCCUGCAGGUGAUGGUGUCGAAGGAGGUGGCGGAGGAGGUAGGCGGCCUGAAGACGCUGGUGCCCACCGGCACCUCGGUGCUGGUGGAGGGCCACCUGGAGGCCACCCCUGAGGGCACCAAGCAGGCCGUGGAGCUGAAGGCCACCAAGAUCGUGCACGUGGGCCCCUCGGACGCCGCCACCUACCCCAUUGCCAAGAAGAAGACCACGUACGAGUUCCUGCGCGAGAAGAUGCACCUGCGCCCGCGCUCCAACACCAUCAGCGCCGUGGCGCGCAUCCGCAACGCGCUGGCCUUUGCCACACACCGCUUCUUCCAGGAGAACGGCUUCCUGUACGUGCACACGCCCAUCAUCACCGCCUCCGACUGCGAGGGCGCCGGCGAGAUGUUCCAGGUGACCACGCUGCUGGGCAAGAUGAAGGAGCACGAGGGCGCGCCGGCGGUGUCACCGGCCGAGCUGGAGGCCGCCAAGGCGCAGGUGGCGGCGCACGGCGAGGAGGUCAAGGCAGCCAAGGCGGCUGCCGCUGCCAACAAGGAGGACAAGUCGCUGGCCGCCGCCUCCAAGGCGGCCGUGGACAAGCUGCUGAAGGCCAAGGAGGAGCUGGCCAAGCUGGAGGAGGGCUCCCGCAUCGUGGGCGGCAUCAAGCGCCUGCCGGACGGCACCCCCGACUAUAAGGAGGACUUCUUCUCCAAGCCCGCCUUCCUCACCGUGUCCGGCCAGCUGCAGGGCGAGUUCUACGCCUGCGCGCUGUCCAACAUCUACACCUUCGGCCCCACCUUCCGCGCCGAGUACAGCUUUACGGCGCGCCACCUGGCGGAGUUCUGGAUGAUUGAGCCGGAGAUGGCGUUCUGCGACCUGAAGGACGACAUGCAGUGCGCCGAGGACUACGUGCGCUACUGCUGCAAGUUCCUGCUGGAGAACUGCAAGCCUGACCUGGAGUUCAUCAACAAGAUGGUGGACAACACGGCACUGGCGCGCCUGGAGCAGGUGGCGUCCACGCCCUUCAAGCGCAUCAGCUACACGGAGGCGAUUGACCUGCUGCUGGGCGUGGUGGCGGAGGGCAAGAAGUCGUUCGAGUUCAAGGUGGAGUGGGGCAUCGACCUGUCGACCGAGCACGAGCGCUACCUGACUGAGGAGAUUUUCAAGCAGCCCGUCAUCGUGUACAACUACCCCAAGGAGAUCAAGGCGUUCUACAUGCGCCUGAACGACGACAACAAGACCGUGGCGGCCAUGGACGUGCUGGUGCCCAAGGUGGGCGAGUUGAUCGGCGGCUCUCAACGUGAGGACCGCCUGGACGUGCUGGAGCGCCGGCUAGGCGAGAGCGGCAUGGACCUGGCCGCCUACGAGGGCUACCUCGACCUGCGCCGCUACGGCACCGUGCCGCACUCGGGCUUCGGCCUGGGCUUCGAGCGCCUCAUCCUGUUCGCCACUGGCCUCGACAACAUCCGCGAGGUCAUCCCCUUCCCGCGCUGGCCCGGCAACGCCGCGUACUAAGCGGCGCGCCAAGGCGGGGGCUGGGCGGGGGCGGGAGAAGAGAGUCAUGGAAGCGUGUGUGUGAUGGUGUUUGUGCGUGUGCGGGACUGGUGGUGCCCUGGAGGCGAUCCAGGACGUGGGGAAGGGCUGAACGGUGGAGUGCUUGAAGGCCAAGCACAUGCAUAGGGGGGCUGCGGGCGCGCUGGCCUGCAACAGGUGCCGGUGCCGGCGCUGCAGCCGCUUGGGUGCUGCAUAGAGCAGCAACUGACACAUUGUAGCCAGGACGGUUUUUGAACCUUGAGCUGAAGUGAGGUGCGCACGAUCGAGAAAGCCUUUGCUGGUGCUCGGUUCGCACAUGGCAAAACGCUUCCAGUCGGUGUGAUCGGUAGGAGGGACAGGAGUGAGCCCCGUCACUGUAUCAACGGACUAAGUAGGCUAGAAAGGAAGGCGCUCGUCUGUCCCAGGUAGGCAUGGGAUGAGUAGGAGGCU